CCUCCCCCGCGGUGCGCUGCCUCCCAGCGGGCUCCGAAGCGAGCCUCGCGCGGCGGGAAAGGGCGCCCAGGGCUUGGGAAGGCUGCUGAGGUUGGAAGACCCCUAAGGUCGCUUGCUGUGGCCAGAGGAAGGGAACCGAGUCCCGAGAGGGAACUCCAGCGGGAACCACCCUUUCAGGGGAAGGGCCCAGCAUGCAGCCCAGGAACUGGGAGUCCCGAGCGCGCAGGGCCGGCUUUCUGUCCCUGGGAAGCCCAGUUUAACCAGUCGAAGCCGGCCGGCAAGAAGGAGUUCCUACUCCGAGCGGCGCCGGCGGCCGACCAGGCUCCGACACUCGCCCCGCAGGCCGGCCGCAGCCCGACUGAGGAGGAUUCUGGUGAAGGCUGGAGGAGAAGGUUGGAGAGAGGGGCUGGGACUCCUGCUGUCGUGGCCGCAGUUUAAAGCCGUCAGCCUGUCACUAGCCGGGAAUCUGGCUGAGCUAGCAGCUUCCGGGCAGGUUUGUAUAGGGAAGUCCACACCUCCAGCUCACUGUACCCUGCACCCAAAUCUACCUGACAGCGGCUGAGAACAACCUGCCUCCUGCUGGGACCCGAGGGUGCUGUUAUCAAUCCCAGCCGGGAGAAGAGCUGCUGGGGCUGGGUGGUCAUGGGGGAGGCUGGUAGAGAGGAGUAUAAAAUCCAGUCUUUUGAUGCAGAGACCCAGCAGCUGCUGAAAACAGCCCUCAAAGAUCCAGGCGCUGUGGAUUUGGAGAAAGUGGCCAAUGUGAUUGUGGACCAUUCUCUGCAGGACCGUGUAUUCAGCAAGGAAGCAGGACGCAUGUGCUACGCCAUCAUCCAGGCAGAGAGUAAGCAAGCAGGCCCAAGUGUCUUCCGGCGUGGACUCCUCAACCGGCUGCAGCACGAGUACCAGACCCGGGAGCAGCUGAGAGCACACUCCAUGCAGGGCUGGGUCUGCUUUGUCACCUUCAUCUGCAACAUCUUUGACUACCUGAGGGUGAACAACAUGCCCAUGCUGGCCCUGGUGAACCCAGUCUAUGACUGCCUCUUCCGGCUGGCCCAGCCAGACAGUCUACAUGAGGAGGAGGAGGUAGGAGGCCCAGCAGAAGGCUGUGGCGGUCAGCAGCCGGCCCCAGUUGAGUGGGAGGCCUUGGAGGGCAUCACUUUCCAGGUAGACUGCUUGGUGCUGCAGCUGCACCGGGUUGGGGAGCAGCUGGAGAAGAUGAACGGACAGCGCAUGGAUGAGCUAUUUGUUCUGAUCCGGGAUGGCUUCCUGCUCCCGACAGGCCUCAGCUCCCUGGCCCAGCUGCUGCUGCUAGAGAUUAUUGAGUUCCGGGCCGCCGGCUGGAAGACCACCCCUGCUGCCCACAAGUAUUACUACAGUGAGGUUUCUGACUAGCUCCAGCUUGGGACUUGCUCCCUGCAGCACUGACCUCUCCUUAGCCCUUCUUCCAAGCUGGCAGGGAAGUCUGCCUCUCCCAGAGGCUUUGCCGUGCUAGUUGCACAGCAACUUCACCUUCCUAGUUGCACUGUGGUCCUGCUGUUUCCUUUCCCCACCCAGGCGUUGGGGAAAUACCAAAGACUUGUUCCCCAGGCUCAAGUCUGACCCCUUUCCCCCGAAAGUCCUAUCAGCCUUCUACCAUGUCCCACCAGGACCAUGCAGAGCAGGGCAAUGCCUGCUGACCACUGCACUGUAUAACCACUGCUGGACCAGGACCUUGCCUCAGUAGCCCAUCUAUAAAAUGGGUAACCAUAGCCAUGGGUUGCCUCACGAUGCUUCAAGAUGUCAAGGAGCAAAGGGAGUGCACUUUACCCCAGAAACUGCCUAUUCUACAUUUUUUUUCUUUUUUUUGAGACGGUCUCACUAGUUGAGACUGACCUGGAACUCACUAUGUAGCCCA